UAAUUGAAGAACCGAAAUGAGAGCGAGGUAAUCUGGUAUUUAAGGACCAUUUUCUGGAUAUACACGUCAGAGUUGUAACCAUGAAGUGGAAUAUUCUGUGCGUGGUCCUACUCGGACUUCUGGCUCUGUCAAACGGAUUUAAACUCUUUGACAGAACAAGGAGCAAUGAAUAUGGAACUAAGAAACAAGGACAACAACAAGAGGCCAGGUUGGCAGAAAAGCGCGGGAGACGACCGGAUGUUGUAGCGCUGAUAGCCGACAGGAUUGACCAGCAGCUCAUGAACUGCUACUACUCCCCUCGACUGGACGAAUAUGUCUACACAAACCGAGACGUACUGGAAGUCCUGGUGACGUUAUUACGACAGGAAUGUCCCGAGAAUGGCGGGUACACGGACGGAUCCACGAGCGGAUACAUGGACGGAUACGGCACUACUUCCGGGCCGUUCCCAACUUACAUGUAUCCCUACGGAAAAAAGAGAACAUUCGUGAAGGAAUUAGCGGAAAUAUUGAAACAACGAGGAUUUGAUCACACUUCCGGUCCUAACACAACUGAAGAAAAAGAGUCGUACUCUUCCAUUUCCGAUUCUACACCACCUGGUUCCACUUCAGGUACAUCCCAAUCUGACAAAGGUUUUUCAACGGGACCUCGACCCACCGAAUAUCCGACCGACUUUGGAUGGGAGUAAACUUCCAAAUCCAAAUCAUGAUGUUGGAGAACGCCAUUGGAUUUUAAGAAAUGUAUUAACGACCGCUAGAUUUAAUGUGUAUAUAAUACAUUUUGAAAAUAAAAAUGUAUUUCAAAUCA